AGACUGAGUCAUCAAUCCCUCAAGAAGACAGCGACAAAAGUAAAGUAGUAGAAGCAGUUUGUCGAAUGGCCAACAGCUCCUUCUCAAAAGAUGGCGACCGUAAAACAAGCGACGAGCUGCUCUCUCUUCUUAAACUCGCUUGGAGUAACGGGUACAAGUCGGAAGUCUUGCAGGCUGAUAUUUAUGAGGAUGUGAUAUCAUUAGUAAAGUUGCUGACAUGUGGGGAGGUCAAACUCUACUCUUACUCGAAACUCCCGAGUGACCUACAGAAGUUAUUCCUCGUUAACUCAAACCAAGGAGAUUUAACUGAGUAUUUUGCUGAUCACUUAGUUGCCAGUAACGACAAAGACAACAACAACGUUAAUUUAUCUGAAAAAUUGAAAUCUUUGGUAGAAGGUUCCUUAAAAAGGACCCUAGCUGAAGUUCUCUACCUAACUCAGUCCUAUGACGCUGCCAAGACAGCGAAUGAAUUAGGCAUGAAGUCUUGCUUUGUUCUGAGGAAUGACGGUGAUGACGUUACUGAAGAACAAUUGCAGACUGGUUAG